AUGUCUCAACCAGACCAUCGGCUGCAAAUGCAGCAGAUGCAAUACACGAUGCACGCGGUGCCUCAACAACAACACCAACAGCAAACACGGCCAGCCCAGGGUGCGCGUCGCUCUCAAAUGCAGCAGCAGCCGUCACAACACCAAGCCCAAUAUCAACAACCAUCGCAAGUGCCCACCCAGCAACAGCAACAACAGCCUCAACAGCAACAGCCCCAGCAACAACAACAAAUGGUUCCACAACAACAUCAACAACCCCAACAGCAACAGCAACAGCAGGAACAACAGCCGCGCCCCAACUUCCAAAUGGCCCUGCAACCCCCGCCUCAGGACCGACUGUACAACACCUGGGACGACCUGCGCGAGGACGUCAAGUCCUUCACCCGGGCCCAGGGCUACGCCAUGGUCGUAAUCUCAUCUCUCAACCGGGACGCCAACGGCCAGUACCGGCGCUACAACAUGUGCUGUUCCAAAGGCGGCAAAACCUACGCCUCUCACAGCCGGGGCCUCCGCACCACCCGGUCAACCAAAACCGGCUGCCCCAUGCGCCUCAAAGCAAUCCAAGAAAAAGCCUACCCCUUCAACGACAAAUGGCACGUGAUCGUGCAAUGCGGCGAGCACAACCACGAGCCCUUCACCGGCGGAUCGGGCGCCCCCGUGCCGGCCCAGUUUCGCAAGAUCGAGAACGACGGCAUGCGCUGGCUGAUGAUUAUGCAGCGCGAGGCGCAAUGCAACCUGCGGCAGCUGACUAUUGGUCUGCGCAUCUCCUUUGGCGACAAGUACCAGUAUGUCAAGAAGAGCGACGUCCGCAACCAACUGGCCAAGAUCAAGCGCGAGGAGGACCGUAAGGCCGCUGCUGAGGCUGCUGCCCUGGGCUUGCCUGCCGAUGCUACGUACACUAUCUUGCCGCAGGCGCACUUGCCGCCGCCUCCGCCUGCGCCGGAACAGCCGAUUGAGCGGAUGCCCCAGCUGCCGCCGGAUAUGCAGGUGCCUGAUCCGGAUUUGGAGUCGGAUGAUGAUAUUGAUGAGAUGUGA